AUGCAGCGAACAUCGAAUAGAGUAACUAAUCAGACAUUUUUUGCCGAACAUCUGUCUAGUAGCAAGGGAAUGUUAUUGUUGCUGGGAAUAUGUCUGUUGGUGGCGAUUCAGAGCAUCAGACACUUCACCGUGAUUACCGUCGGUAAAUUAAGAACGGAUAAGACGUUUUACAGAAGGGAAGACUUCCCUAGUCCGAUCCAAUUCAAACAUGGUGAAACGGGCAAGUCUGUACAUCAUAUAGUUUUCUUAAAGGUACCAAAGGCCGCUAGUACAACGAUAGCCAAUAUAUUUCUACGUUAUGGAGAUGAAAAGAACCUCAUUUUCGCGGUACCAAGAAACCACAAGCCAGGUGGUUAUUCAUUUACUUCACAGUACUUCCUGCCACCACCCAAAAAUAGAAGUUAUGAUAUUGCUUGUGCGCAUGCCCGAUACAACAGAACACAUUAUAGCAAAGUGUUCCCAAACGAUACUGUGUACAUAGCCAUAAUGAGAGAGCCUUUCCAGCAUUUUAAAUCCUAUGUCAGAUUCUUUCGUCCUAAAAGGAUACUACAUAUACCUGGAAAAAAUCCGGUUUUGAAUUUUUUGUCUAGUAAUGAAAAAACCUGGAACUCAUCUGCUCGAGCUGAACCUAUCUGCAAUUCAAUGGCACGGUAUCUUGGUUUUCCCAGAAGAUUAUUUUUUCAGAAAUGGAACCAAAGUAUUGCAGAGGAAUUUAUACAUAAACUGAAAAUGGAGAUUGACCUGGUGUUAAUUUUAGAGUUUCUUGAUGAAUCCCUUGUGUUAAUGCGGCGUAUGCUUAACUGGGACCUCAGGCAUGUAUUACACGGAAGACUUCAUGUUACAAAAAGUCAGGAUCUUCGCUUGAAGUUUGGAACGGAUGAAGCAAACCUUCAUAAAAAGUGUGCUCAUCUAGAUUAUCAACUGUACGGAUUAUUCUUUCGCAAAUUAAAAGAAACAUUGAAAACACAACCACCUGAUUUUUUUGAAGAGGUAGCAUACUUCAGAAAAGUCAGGGUAAAGUAUAAUAAUUUCUGCUCUUCUGCAAUGUCCGAGACCGACCUCCACUCUACAACUGCAUUUGAAGGAAGUGUGUGGAAUAAACCAUUUGUUAUUUCAAGGGAACAUUGUAAAAAACUUAUCAUUCAAGAUGUAGACUUUUUAGAUUAUUUGCUUGAAAAACAAAAUGUGUCAGAGGAUGUGUUUGUGAAAUAA